AAGUUUGUUAUAUCUUAAAAUUUAUUAGCAAAACUGAGUUUUAUUCGAAUGUCGCCUCUCGCCGGUGACAGUUCGGCGGAAAGCGGAUUUGAAAAAUUUCCAAAAUCCACUAAAUUCACUUUUACAUAUGUGAUUUGGAUGCGCGCGUCUGUCAUAAAUCGGCGUCGAAUCUUUCGACAAAUUUGGUUAAUAGCUGUUUGAAAAUUAUUUUGUCGCCGGCCAAUCUGAACAGAUGUCGAAUUGUUACAUUUUCAUUUCUCCCUGAGGAAGGCUUAUUUUAUAGUUAUUAUCUAGUCGCAAGCCGCUCCACCCUGAUUUCUUAUAAUCUCUACACUUUCUGUCAGACAAUUGAUAUCAAUUAGUUUAAGAUGGAUACAGUAUUGCUGAGGUACCGUGGGUCAGGAAGUAAGCAGGAGGUAUUCACAGAAAUGAAUGAAGCACUGGAAGCGAGCCCAAGGAAACUUAAUGUUACAAUUAAAGCAAAAAGAUUUUUGAUUAUUCUGUUUCUUUUAACUAUGUUGUAUGUUUUGGCGAACAAUAUGGCCAAAACUUUGCCUGUACCUCUUAUGAUUAAAGAUGAGAUUACUCACAAAAAUAGGUUCAUUGCUGAAAGGGCGAUGAAUCAUAUCCAGAACUUAACGAGUAUAGGUGCAAGACCUGUGGGAAGUUUUGCCAAUGAGGUCCUAGCCGUCAAUUUCUUGUAUAAAGAGUUGGAUGUUAUAAUGAAAAAAGCCCAUAAAAUACAUAGGAUUAGUAUAGACCAACAGAGGGCAAGCGGUUCAUUCCCGUUAUUAUUUUUAGAUGGAAUGACCAGUGUUUAUAAAGAUAUUCAAAAUAUUGUUGUUAAGAUUGGCCCGCCAGUACAGUCUUCCCACAGCAUACUAGUGAACUGUCAUUAUGAUACUGUGGCUGAUAGUCCAGGUGGAAGUGACGAUGCUGCUAGUUGUGGUGUUAUGUUAGAACUUUUGAGAGUCAUUUCUUUAUCCUCAUCGCCAUUAAAAAAUAACAUAAUAUUUUUAUUUAACGGGGCUGAGGAGAAUCUCCUGCAGGGGUCACAUGCAUUUAUUACACAACAUAAAUGGGCCGAAGAAGUCAAGUGUUUCAUCAAUUUAGAAGCUUGUGGAGCAGGAGGGAAAGAGUUAUUGUUUCAAGCAGGCCCAGAAAAUCCAUGGCUCUUUGAGGCAUAUGCUCUAAAUGUCAAAUCAAGUAUGGCUUCCACAUUAGCAGAAGAAGUAUUUCAAAGCGGGUUAAUCCCUGGUGAUACAGAUUUUCGAAUAUUUAGAGACUUUGGUGGAAUUCCAGGACUAGACUUUGCUUGGACAUCAAAUGGUUAUGUUUACCAUACGAAGCAUGAUAAUGUAGCUCAAAUUCCAUUAGGAACACUACAGCACACGGGAGAUAAUAUAUUACCCAUUGUUUUGUAUCUUGCCAAUAUGGAUUUAACGAAAGAAAAAUUGGAAACUCAAGGGAAGAUGGUUUAUUUUGACUUCUUCGGGACCUGUAUAAUACGGAUAAAACAAAAAACAAGUGCCUUCAUUAAUUUAUUGUUAACGAUGACCUCAAUUUUUAUCAACUACAUGCAUUCACACACAUUCAGUGCAAUCUAUGGUCAUCGUAAGAAAACCUAUUUUUUACAUACAUGUCUUUGUAGCUGUGUAAUGUUUUUUUCCUGGUUACUAUCUGUUUUAACUGCUGGUACAAUAGGAUUUAUGUUGACCACUAUUGAUCGGGCCAUGAGUUGGUAUGCUACGCCGACGUGGAUAUACUUUUUGUAUGCCGUACCUUCUGUUUUAGUGUCGUUAGUUGUAAUGUCACAAUUUUCAAAAUGGCAAGCAAGAAAAUUGGCACUUCCUUCUACUUGGAAUCAAAGACUGAAUUCAGAUGCAUUUAACUUAGUUUUAGCAUUCAUUAUAAUUGUUUGUAUAGUUUUUGACAUAAGAUCUGGAUUUUUCGCUGCAAUUUGGUUAGCAUUUUCUAUUGUUGGAAACCUCCUGAAAGAUUUGUCAUACAAAUGGUUUAAAGGUGAUUACUGGCUGUUGGUUUAUUUGAUAACAUUCAUUUUGCCAUUUUUCAAAGGGUGUUACAUGAUAUCCGUUGUUUAUAAAAUUGUGAUUCCAAUAAUGGGAAGAUCAGGAGCAGGGAAUCACGAAGAAAUUGUCAUGGCUUGUAUUUCUUCAGUUUUGACAUUAAUGAUUUAUUAUUUUGUUGUACCGUUGGUUGUUGCUGUGGACAACAUGCAAAAAAUCACUAACGUAUUAAUUUCUAUUAUUGCCGUGGCCUUAUUGGCACUUUUGCUCACUCCUCUUGGAUUUCCUUAUUCAGCAGAUCCAAACAAUCUAACUCCUCAGAGAUAUAUGAUAUUACACGUUUCUUCAGAAAGUAGAGAUAUACAUGGUUCAGUCACUUCGGAUAAAUCCGGGUUUUGGGUUGUAGACCUUGACAUCAACAGUCCGCAUUUAGUUCAAUCGUUUGUACCCGAGAUGUUUUCAGCUCAAUUGGUAACCGACUGUACCAACCAGUUAUAUUGCGGGCUCCCUUAUAUAAUUCCAGUUUGGAAACUUAUAUGGAAGACUCAUUGGAUUCCUGCACCCAAGCCAACAACAUUUAUAUUAACAGAAUUAAUACUUUUAGAUAGUGGUAAACUUGAGAAUAACAUCAAGCGAUAUCAAUUCCGUGCCUUAGGUCCAGAUCAUAUGACAUUAAUGAUAUCACCAGUGCAAGGUGUUAGCAUUGUUACAACAGACAUCAAUAAAAAUAUCGUGGCGGGGCCUAAAUGGAGAGAGAGGGAGACUUAUUUUGUUUACUAUUCCAGUGUUUCAAACCCGUCUACAUGGGAAUUUUCACUGGAUAUAAAGAUAUCUGAUCAACUUCCACAAUCGUCUCCAGUAUUGGAUAUCGCUUUGUGCGGGCAUUUCAUCCACGGGGCAAAUCAAAAAUCAGUCAGACUAACGAAACUUCUUGCACAAUUUCCACGGUGGGCUGUGACGACAGGAUGGAGUGCAACUUAUACAUCUUACAAGUUUUGAAGAAUUCACUGAAGAAAAGCACGACCACUUGCUGUUGACUUGGAAAACAGCUUGUAACAAAUCCUGAGAACAAAGAUUACUCGGAUUUGUUUCCUUUUGUACGAUCUUAUUGUAUGCACUUAAUUUUCAUGAUAAAAAUAAUGUUCAACAUA